GUCCAGACUGGGAGGUGUGUGUCAGGUCAUGGCUGACACUGUCCCAGUGCGGGGUAAUCAGGCCUUUAACCAGCAGGCUCUGGAGGCAGUGUUAGCCGCCAGGAUCCCAGGCUUCACCCACGAGCCGCAGCCAUGUCUGACGGUCAGUCAGUACAGGUUUGGCCAAUCAAACCCAACCUACCACCUACAGAAGGGGAACAGAGAGUACGUGUUGAGGAAGACUCCCCCUGGACCACUCUUAUUAGGAGCUCAUAUGGUGGACAGAGAACAUAGGGUUCAAAAGGCAUUAUUUGUGGCGGGAUUUCCUGUCCCGAAGCCCUUGCUCUUCGUUGAUGAUGAUUCUAUUAUCGGCACCAACUUCUAUGUGAUGGAGCAUGUGCAGGGCCGGAUAUUUCGAGACAUGAGUCUGCCAGGAGUGAGGCCAGCGGAACGUGCUGCUCUGUAUGUUGCCAUGAUCGAGACGCUUGCAAGACUGCACAGUGCUGACUGGAGAGCCUUGGGCUUGCAGGGUUAUGGGAAGGAUCGUGGUUACUGCAAGAGACAGGUCUUAACAUGGACAAAACAGUACAAGGCUGCCGCAACGUCCAACAUUCCCGCCAUGAACCAGUUAUCCGAAUGGCUGCUCAGUAAUUUACCGGAUAAUGAUCAGGAAGGAACUUUAGUCCAUGGUGAUUUCCGUCUGGAAAAUAUAAUCUUUCACCCCACUGAGGCUCGGGUCCUGGCUGUGCUGGACUGGGAACUGUCAACCAUUGGACAUCCCAUAGCAGACCUGGCCUACACCUGCUUGCCUUUCUAUUGGCCCAAGGAAGUCCUCUUUAUUGGACCGAACUGCAAUUCAAAUAUUCAGGGGGUUGAAGGAAUUCCAUCUUGUGAAGAAUUGCUCUCUAUUUACUGCCGAUGUAGAAGUCUUCCUGUCUUACUACCGAACUGGAACUUCUUCCUGGCCUUAUCCUCAUUUAAGUUGGCCUCCAUAAUUCAGGGGGUGUAUGCUCGAUCCAUACUUGGAAAUGCCACUGCUGACAAUGCACACGAGUUCAAAGACAGUGUGAAGCCUCUGGCACAGACUGGAUUGCUGCUCUCCAAAGGGAAAUUGGAGCUAUCGAUCGAGCAUCCCCCUGAUACAAGAAGCCAAUCGGAGCAGACAGCACAGGGCCAUCUGGUCCUGCAGCAGCUGAAGAAAUUCAUGAAGCAGCACUUGUUUCCAGCAGAGCAGGAGAUUGCAGAAUAUUAUGCCAGAAAUGAACAUUCUGUUCUCCGAUGGAAGCAGCCACCUGUUAUAGAGACGCUGAAGCUGAAGGCUAAAGCUGUGGGACUAUGGAACCUCUUUUUACCAGAGGUCAGUGGCCUGAGCCAGCUGGACUAUGCUUUCAUGGCUGAAGAAAUGGGACGAUGCUUCUUUGCUCCAAAGGUUUUCAACUGCCAAGCCCCGGACACGGGGAACAUGGAGGUGCUGCAUUUAUACGGAACAGAGGAGCAGAAGAAGCAAUGGCUGAAGCCACUGCUUUCGGGAGAAAUCAGCUCCUGCUUCUGCAUGACUGAGCCAGCCGUGGCCUCCAGCGAUGCCACUAACCUGGAGUGCAGUAUUCGCCGGGAAGGAGCGAGCUACAGGAUAAAUGGUACCAAGUGGUGGAGCAGUGGGGCAGGGAACACAAACUGCAAAUUAGCUAUUGUUAUGGGCAGGACUGAAAAUAAAAACAUUUCAAGGCACAAACAACACAGCAUGAUUCUUGUUCCCAUGGAUACAUCAGGGCUGAAGGUCAUCAGACCUCUGCAAGUGUUUGGGUAUGAAGACUGUUUUCAUGGUGGACACUUUGAGAUACAUUUCAACAAUGUUCAAGUACCAGUUUCCAACAUGCUGUUAGGCGAAGGCAGAGGAUUUGAAAUCGCACAAGGCCGCCUCGGACCAGGCCGUAUCCACCAUUGUAUGAGGACCAUAGGAAUAGCAGAACGUGCCUUGGAGCUGUUGUGCCAGAGGGUUGUCCAGAGGAAGGCUUUUGGGAAGAAACUAUAUGAAAAUGAAGUGGUUGCACAUUGGAUAGCGGAGGGUCGCAUUGCCAUUGAACAAGCCCGACUUCUUACGCUUAAAGCUGCCAAAACAAUUGACCUUGUGGGCACAGCAAGAGCCAGAAAGGAGAUUGCUAUGAUCAAGGUGGUAGCUCCACGAAUGGCAUGCAAAGUGGUGGACUGUGCCAUUCAGGCUUAUGGAGGGGGAGGAUUCUCGCAGGAUUUCCCUCUAGCCCACAUGUAUAGUCUGGUGCGUACUUUACGUAUAGCCGACGGUCCAGAUGAGGUCCAUCUCUCUGCAGUGGCUAAACUGGAGCUGAGAGAGCAGUUGAAAAGCCUGGUAGGAAAGCUGUAAAGGAUACCUCUUGAUGCAGAUCGUGACUGAGGGGCCUUCCUGAAGAGCAGUGGCUGAGUUACCAAGCCCUGCGUUGGUGUUUGCCAGUUCCACUCAGCCUGUGAAUAGUUUAAGCACCAAUAACUGGGGACAUCAGACAACACAGGUUGAGUCACUGCAUUGUUAAUACUUUGCUAUAGGAGCAUUGCAGAGGUUGUUGGAUUUCAUCUCCCCCAUAAUACUGCAAGUUGGAAUAAUAAAAAUAAAUUCAACCACCAA